AUGACAUUCGCAGGAGGCAGCGUCGCUGGAGGCCCUUUGAUAGCGGGAGCAGGAAUGUCCAGCGGCGAAUUUCACGAGUUCUCCGAAGAUGAACUUGCGGCUUCCAACCUCUUCGAUUUCUCAAACAGCCCCGACACAUUACAGAGCCUGGACGCCAUUGGCUCCAGUGACCAGAAAUCCUUUUUAAACCCUCAGGAACUGACUACCGCAGGGCCCUUUCCUGAUUCACCCAACGACUCUUAUCACGACUCGUCUUCGGAGUCGGCGUCGUCCUCAAAGAGGACUGGCAGCUCCGACUCGACCAAGACGCCUAUUACCACCGUCGAUAGCACUAUGGAUGACGGCGCUGAUAUGAAGAUGGACUGGGGCGCCGCCAAUUAUUCUUCCUUUGACGACGAUGAGAAUGCAUUCACCUUCGGCCGCGAGGCUGAUUCUUCCGCCAUGGAGGGCUUGUACGGGUUUGGCGAGCAGGACGACAGCUUCAUGGACCGCUCUUUUGAUUUUGAGAGCGCUUCAAGUAGCCCCGAGGCACAAAAUUCUGGCCAAACCGCCAUGACGUCGCCGGGCAUGCCCGUCAUCAAGACGAAUAACAGCCCCAAAAAGGCUGCACGCAAACCCAAUAACAAGCCCAAGACGGUAAAUCACAAGAAGCAAAGCUCACAAUAUUCAACAUCUUCAAACGGCGUCAGGACUUCAGGUUCGAGGGAGGUCUCUCCCAUGUCGGCCAUGGUGACGAGCCACAAUUCAUCUCCAGCGGCCAAUUUUCUCAACUCACCUUCUCCUCUUGGCAACCACAUCAACGGAAACACCAUCUGGCCUAACAGAGCAGAUGUCGCGGCGGCCACAGCACCGGAUGGGUUGCCCACUCCCACGCAGUUUAGCAACCAGAUGCCUCAGCCGAUGCUUAUGCCUCAACAUAUCCCACUUUACAACAGCACCCCUGCUUAUAACUUUACUGGCGGCUAUGAGUUGAGAAUAUUGCCCACGCCUCUGAAGUCGCGUGUUGAGACGCAAAUUCCUAUCAAAAUGACACUGUCGCCUUUGCCACCCGGCGUAACCAAGUUGCAUUUGCCUACCCACACUAUAUCUAAACCUAAGCUACUCGCUCGGCCAUGCCCUGAACGAUCUCCAGACACCCUAGAACUACACGUCAACUUGGUUUGCACAAGUGCGAUGGAGCAAGGGGAUUUCAAGAAGAAGGCGUUGGAGAGAGCCGCAGUCGUACCACAGGGAUACUUGCCAGAGCUGGAUGAUGAAGAGAACUCGCCACAAAACGGAGGAGAUGUUCGGAUUUGCGCUGGGUGUAUCUCGCGAGAGCGGAAACGAGCAGCGCGAAAGAAGAUCAAGAAGCCAGAGGAGGAGAAGAUUUGGAGUCAAGACGAGGAGCGACGUGUCAUUGUCUUCAAUACCCAGGAAGUCAAGGAAUGGCAGCCCCUGACCGGCGUCUUGGAUGCCAGCGGACGACCUGAUGCAGUAGUCACUCGCGCUAUGCAAAUCGAUGCUCCCAUGAGAAUCGCCUGCUACUGCAGGCAUCAUAGCGAGAAGAUGGGCUUUAACGUCAUCUUCACCAUCAAGGACUUUCGAGAUCGUCUUAUUGCGCAGGCCAUGUCCAACCCAAUCAUGAUUACAGACGACCACAAAACUCAUCCCAUGGCUCAAGCCUCAAAUCCUCAAGUAUCAGAGACGGUCACCUCAACCACAAUCCCCAUCCACAUGCCCCAGCCUAUGGAGAGCAAUCACAUUGCGCCAGCGCCUGGCGUUCAAAACGGAACAUUCCAGGUGUCUUCGAACAAUGCAGACGGUAAACCCCAGCAAGGUGGACAGUCGCCGUACUCGGGUUCUGUCGCUUCCGGGAAGAUGACUCCCACCAUGAGUACCCCAGCAGUAACUGGACGGACUCUUUCUCGACCUUCUUCACCGAAUCAAGGCGGCCCGGCCAAGAAGAGAAAGUCAAGCAGCUCGAGGCUACACAACGGCUUGACGAUGACGAGGCUGGAUACUUCACCGCCGCCAGGCUCUCAAGUAACUUCAGCACAGAUCUCUACGGUGACAUCUCCUUUCUCUCCCAAUCCAAGUCCAUUCCAACAACCAGAGCAGAUGUUUGGGCCCAUGAAUGGCCCAGCCCCAUUGGCCAAUGGACCUCCGACUCCGGGUAGCAACGACCAAGUACCGUUCUUCUCUAACCGUUCCGCGAGCAUGGACAACCUGGCAAUGGCUCAGCUGUAUUCUGCGCCUGCAUCAAGCCACCCUAGUCGUGCCCCUAGCCCCAAUGGUCUGAGAAACAGUGUUGCCGGCGGCAUGCAAAAUCAGUUCACGCAAAGCCUGGCAGCCAACUUGUAUCCCCUGCCUCUCGGCGUCAACCAAGCACGAGCGCCUCCAACUAUUCACAAAAUCAUCCCAAAUGAGGGACCCAAAAUUGGAGGCAUCGAGGUUACUGUCUUGGGUGCUGCAUUCUUCCAGGGCUUGGAGGUCUUCUUUGGUGAUCAGAAGGCUACCACUACAACAUACUGGGGCGACUCUUCUCUCGUCUGCUUGCUGCCCCCGUCACCCGUUGCCGGCACCGUUGCAGUGACUUUCAAGCAUCAAGGCAUGCCUGGGGCUCAGAAUUUCGCCAUGGGCAAGCAACCGCCCACGUUCAAGUACAUUGACGACAACGAGGACAAGCUCAUCAGGACAGCUCUGUCUGUGCUCGGACACAAGAUGUCUGGCCAAAUGGUGGACGUUAGUGACUUGGCGCGCCGAAUUCUCAAUGACGGAAACUCGACUUGGGCCAGUGGGGGUGGCUCAUCAUCAUCAGCUGGUGGUCCAAUGUUCAACCACGCUGCCACCUCUCGUGAACACCUCGAGUCGCAGCUUCUCAAGUGCUUGGAUCUCAUUGACCUUGAUGACAGCACCCACAAGACACGUCUCGAUCUGAAGAGAUCCACAGGCCAUACUAUGCUGCAUUUGGCCUGCUCGUUGGGCUAUCAUAGAUUUGUCGCUGCUCUUCUUGCCCGCGGCGCCAACCCCGAUGCCCGCGACAAGGGAGGAUUCACGCCAUUGCACAUGGCUGCCAUCCACAAUCACCCCGAGAUUGUGAGACGCCUGAUGCUUGUUGGCGCAGACCCGACGAUUCGAAGCUUAUCCAGCCUCACGCCUGCUGAUGUAGCCCAGUCACGAGCCGUUCUGCGUGCAAUCCGCCACUCUGAGCGACACGUACGAUCUCGAAGCGGCGGCUCUCUCCACAGCCGAACCAGCAGUGCUACCUCGCUGCGUUCCUUGUGGGAGCCGAUGACAAGAGCACACACUCACGAUGAGCCCAUCUCGAUUGCUUCAAGCGAGGAGAGCCCUGAAUACACGUCUGGGGAUUUUGAGGAUGAAGACCCCGAUGAAGACGUUUACCUCACGAUGAGACGCGCCAGCUCUAUGAGACAAGACGAGGAAUCUUCCGAGCAUAUCGAAGAACCAGGUCGGCCUGACAGUGGAAUGGCUUCUCCCACAACGGCACUUGCGGCAGCCUUGAAGGAUCAGGUCCAGCAGCAGCUCCAACAGUUCCAACAGUCCAUGACACUGCAUCUGCAGAACCUUGCCCACUUCCCUCAGAUGCCCGCCCUACCAGGAAUGGCGAUGCUCCCCGACUAUCUGGCAUAUUUCCAGCGUGUGCAGCAGCUCAUGCCAGGCAUGUCUGGUGCCCGCCCUGGAUCGGCUGGAUCGACCGGCGAGAACCAAGGCAAGAUGGACGGCCGCUGGUGGGAUAUCAGCUCUUACAUGAACAAUGCAAGCGCACUGCCACCUCCUGCGUAUGAAGAUAUCUUCCCACAGCAAGAUGUGGACAGGAAGCAGGAAUCCGCUGUGCGAGCCGCUGCGGAAGCCGAGGCUGAUGUGAAGUGUGCAACCUUGUACGAUCAGACCACAUCGACCACGACGACAGGCACGACCCAUGCCAAAGCCGAAGCUCCCGAAAUUCUCAAGAUUGGGCGCAAAAAUGCCAUCACCAGGGAGCAACAGGAGCAAUUCCUGCGGGCACGUGAGAUCAAGCUGAAGAGCCUCCGCAGCGACCGGAAUCUCUUCUUCGUUUGGAUUCCUCUCCUCCUGGUAGUAGUGUGCGCCAUGCUUUACAGCUACUUUCCCUCACUGUUCCCUUUCCUCUGGACCUCGGUCCGAGCCCUGGUACAGGCUGGCCACAAUUGA